UGGUGUGAAGGGUUGCAAGUCGAUUUGUAGAACCGUGUUUUGCUGUCGCAUGUUAUUGCGUAGAUACUGGUAAGCGCCAUGGUAAGAGCACCGCAUCCAUGGAUCACCGAUGCCCACCCACAUCCUUGCCUCACAGUGAGGGGCCAGCAACCACGUUACAACUGCACAGCGCCCUAGUCUUCUGACCAAACGCUUGCGCAAGCAUUGAAUUUUACCGUAUGAGUUAUCUCUGAACGCUUGCGCGAAAAUCGAACUCGGCCCAACACACCAUGCCAUCCAGUACUGAAGAGGCGCAAGCCCUCGGCCAUGCAGAAUUUUGGGACGAACGGUAUGCAAAGGCCGAAGGAAACAAGCCAACACAUGAGUGGUUCCGUGCUUUCGAGGAUUUAGAGCCGUUCUUCAAGAAACAUUUGUUCGACAAGACAAAGGAUGAGGGGAAGGAUGGAAAAAUUCUUCAUUUGGGUAGCGGCGAUAGUACUGUCCCAUACGAUCUCCUAGAGCGAGGCUACACGAACCAGCUCUGCAUUGACUUUUCCUCAACAGUGGUCGAUCUGAUGAAAUCGCGGCACUCAAACGAACCUCAAGUAGAGUGGAGAGUUGGUGAUGUGCGAGAUAUGAAGGGUAUCGACAGCAACUCUGUGGAUGUCGCCUUUGACAAAGGCACGCUAGAUGCCAUGAUCUACGGCAGUCCAUGGAGUCCACCGGAGGAGGUUAUGGAGAACAGCGGGAGGUAUCUUAACGAGGUCUGGAGGGUACUGAAAGAUGACGGCUUGUUUCUCUACAUCACGUACCGUCAGCCGCACUUCAUCAAGCCUAUCCUCAAUCGAGACAGUGAGUGGAAUCUUGAAAUGGAAGUCAUGGGUGGAGGCGACACUUUCCAGUACUUUGGCUUCAUCCUGAAGAAGUACACAGCAAGCACAAAAUGAUAAGUAAUAAAGUUGGCUGCAUUCGAAGUCGGAUCGCGUUCGAAGAGUCAGAAUGCACCGAGAGUAUGAGGACGCGCGAUUUGUUGUAGGUGUAUCCUAAAAAGACACGCACCGUCUUAAGCGCUCUAUCAAAACGAUAUCAAUAUUUCCGAUAUCUCCAGGACG